AUGAUGAAUUUUUUUAAAAAACUCUUCUAAAAUGAUAGUUAAUAAUCUAUCCGAUCUACUUCUUAAUCAACAUGGAACACAGAAGUAGAAUCAAUAAAAAACUCAACUCCAUCUGUAGUUGUGAUUGGAAACUAGGGAACUGGUAAGACAAUUUUAUUUAACAAAUGUUGUAAUAAAAAUUGUAAGGUAGCAGCCGGAGGAUCUUCUGUUACCAAUGAAAUAUAUAUGACAGAAAGUGUAUAUGGAAAGGGAUUCAAGAUGCUUGAUACUCCAGGAUUGGAAGCAUUAUCAGAUAAACUUAAGCAUGUUGUUGCAAUAGCAGUUGCUUUAAGUGAAGGACCUGUACAUCAAAUAUUAAUUACGAUUAAAUUUGAUAGAAUUGAACUUUUGAUUAAAUAAUUAAAACCAAUGAUAAAUUACCAAUUUGGUAAGUUCAAAGAUAUAAUAACUGUUGCUGUUACACAUUGGGAUUAUGCUAUUUAAGAUAUAGAUAAAAAUAAUAAUAAGUUAAAAUAAGAAACAUAAUUAUAGAGGAAAUAAGAAUUAGAAAAUUUUAUUAAAUAACUUAAUGUUCUUCUUUAUUAUUAAUUAGUAAAGAAGAUUCUGGUGAAAAGCUUUGUAAUUAGAUAGAUGAAAUAAUAAUUAAAUAAAAACUAAGUUUAGGUAAAUGGUGCAUUAUAAAUGAAGCUGAAAUGUCAACUUUUUUUGAUUUAAUUGAUCUUUCGGAUUAUUGUGAAGUUGAAUUAAGUAAAGCAAAAGAAGCAGUUAUUCAAAAAUUUAGGAAAAUAUACCCUAAUAAUUUAAAGUUUUAUAGAAAGUUUAAAUCCAAAAACUCCUAAUUUAGUUGAUAUUAUGCAUAAUUUGACAUUAUUUAUUAAAGAUGAAGCAAAAUAUACUAUUGAAUAAUAUGAAAAGGAUAAUCUUGCGUUAGUUGAUGAAUUAUAUAAAUAAUUGCCAGAUAAAGAUGCUACAUUCAUCAUUCAUGCCUAAUUAAAAUCUGCCUUGAACAAUUAAGUAGAGGAAAUAAUGUCACAAGCAUAAAGCAAAAUGAAACUUGAUGAUAAGCACUUUUAUAAUUAUAUAAGAAAGUGCCCUAAUUGUAAAACAAUUUGGAUGAAAGUUUAAGGAUGUAAUGGAUUGACAACUUGUGGAAAUUUUCCAGAAAAUGAUGAAUUAUUAAUGCAACAGACACCAUAUAGAAAAUAUAAAUUUUAAAUUAACAAUUAAAGUGUAAGUUUUGAGUUGUAAGGCUAAGAAUUUAAAAAUUAGAAUAAGUAAUAUCAUUUAGAUGCAUAAUAAAAAAAAUUGGCUGUGGAAAACAAAUUACAUGGUCAGAAAUGCCAAUUUUUGAAGAUAAUUAAUUAAAGGAUUUAUAUAAUUCAGGAAUUAUAGAUUACAUCUUAAAUGUAAAAUAUGAAAAACAAGUUCAGCAAAAAGUCUUGGAAAAANAGUGAAGGACCUGUACAUCAAAUAUUAAUUACGAUUAAAUUUGAUAGAAUUGAACUUUUGAUUAAAUAAUUAAAACCAAUGAUAAAUUACCAAUUUGGUAAGUUCAAAGAUAUAAUAACUGUUGCUGUUACACAUUGGGAUUAUGCUAUUUAAGAUAUAGAUAAAAAUAAUAAUAAGUUAAAAUAAGAAACAUAAUUAUAGAGGAAAUAAGAAUUAGAAAAUUUUAUUAAAUAACUUAAUGUUCUUCUUUAUUAUUAAUUAGUAAAGAAGAUUCUGGUGAAAAGCUUUGUAAUUAGAUAGAUGAAAUAAUAAUUAAAUAAAAACUAAGUUUAGGUAAAUGGUGCAUUAUAAAUGAAGCUGAAAUGUCAACUUUUUUUGAUUUAAUUGAUCUUUCGGAUUAUUGUGAAGUUGAAUUAAGUAAAGCAAAAGAAGCAGUUAAUAAUUUAAAGUUUUAUAGAAAGUUUAAAUCCAAAAACUCCUAAUUUAGUUGAUAUUAUGCAUAAUUUGACAUUAUUUAUUAAAGAUGAAGCAAAAUAUACUAUUGAAUAAUAUGAAAAGGAUAAUCUUGCGUUAGUUGAUGAAUUAUAUAAAUAAUUGCCAGAUAAAGAUGCUACAUUCAUCAUUCAUGCCUAAUUAAAAUCUGCCUUGAACAAUUAAGUAGAGGAAAUAAUGUCACAAGCAUAAAGCAAAAUGAAACUUGAUGAUAAGCACUUUUAUAAUUAUAUAAGAAAGUGCCCUAAUUGUAAAACAAUUUGGAUGAAAGUUUAAGGAUGUAAUGGAUUGACAACUUGUGGAAAUUUUCCAGAAAAUGAUGAAUUAUUAAUGCAACAGACACCAUAUAGAAAAUAUAAAUUUUAAAUUAACAAUUAAAGUGUAAGUUUUGAGUUGUAAGGCUAAGAAUUUAAAAAUUAGAAUAAGUAAUAUCAUUUAGAUGCAUAAUAAAAAAAAUUGGCUGUGGAAAACAAAUUACAUGGUCAGAAAUGCCAAUUUUUGAAGAUAAUUAAUUAAAGGAUUUAUAUAAUUCAGGAAUUAUAGAUUACAUCUUAAAUGUAAAAUAUGAAAAACAAGUUCAGCAAAAAGUCUUGGAAAAAAAAAUAUCUGAAAAAAAAAAUAAACAAAAAUUAUUUAAGUUUGAUUAAUAAAUUUUAUUUAAUCCUUAAAUAUUUAAUCAUUUGCUUUUAAUAAUAAUUAUUAGUCUUUCUUUAAUUAUAUUAAUAAUAAAUAUAAAAAUAAUGA